GUCAGGUUAGCAGGAUCAGCGGUGCUCUGUGGGUGUGCCAACCUAACGUCUCCAAAUUCUGGAGAAGUUACGCCCACAUGUGAGCUUUACUGCUGUGCCCGACUUUCCUUCGUCUCAGUUCACGCAGCACAGCCGUCGUCUUAUUCCAAAGGGUGGCGCAUGUCUGAAUCUGUCUGUCUGCAGAUGUCUCUGAGUGAGAAAAGCGACGAGGAGCUCGGCAGCUUGCUCUCUCAGUAUGGCAUCAAACACGGACCCAUCGUAGACUCCACUCGGCAUCUGUAUGAGAGGAAGCUUGAAAAGGCGAUGAAGCAGGCUUCAGUGAAGACGUCCUCUGAUAAGACCUACUACAGGGAAGAAGAGGAGGAAGUUACCUACAUCACAUACCAGAGUGCAGCUACACGUAAGCGCUCUGCCAACAUGGUGAAGCGAAGCGCUGAGCAACAUGGAGUGGAGGGACCAGACGCUGACACAGAGGCUGCCGUGCAGGUCACCUACACCUCCACCAAUCACACCUCUGUACGAUCAGGGGAGCCCACUGGAGACAAGUCCACAGGAAGCCUGUGGAAGAUUAUUCUGGUGCUGCUGCCUUUAGCUGUGUUAUCAGCUGUGUGCUACUACGCCUACGCCUACAUCGUGUGAUGAACAGUGGAAGUUGUUCAUUCGGGAAUCAUCUUCCUUUGGAUGGAAGGAUUGUUCCAUCGAUGUCACAUCGAGACUCUAUUUUUGAGCUUCACCACUUUUUACUUGGACUCUGCUACAGUAGCUUCAGAUUCUGCUGUCCAACUUUAAAGCCAAAGCUUCUAGUGACCAGCCAGUUUUGAUUUUAUACACCCGUAAUACUGUCGAUUAUGUUAUUGUUAAUAAAAAAAAAGUGGGACUGUCAGGUAAUAUCUGUGCUGACCUUGCAGUUAUUAUUCCUCUGCUGGAAUCAUUUUACUGUUGAAAAUAAUACUUAUUUAUCUGUUACUGGCCUUUGGUGCAGCUCCCCAGUUCAUCUUCUGUCUGAAACAUCUGUUUUAGCUCCUCUAACAUUAAAGCCAUCCAUUUAUCCUUUUUCUUAUCUAAUUCAGGGUCAAAUGUAAUUGUUGUAUUACAGUUUUAAGCAGUAUCCUUUUUUAUUAUUUUCUAUUUACCCGAGUUUUGAGAUGUACUUAAUCAUGUAGCACCAGAGAAAGAAAACCGAAGAUUCAAAACACUGGACUCACACUGACUCGUUGUGUCCACAGUGAAAGUACACGAGUUGAUUACAGCGCUGCGUAACAAGUUUACACCUGCCUCUGUCCAGCUUAUCCAAACCUGCUCCAUAAGAUUUAAAAUGUUACUUUGUCCUUUAAUGACUCAAAAGAAUGAAAUGCUGUCUUCCUGCUGUUCUGUAAAGUAUCACUCCUAAACAGUGUGCGUCAGUGUAACAGUGUGUAAUAACAAUAAUACAGUUUCUUAGUCACUGUAAAGCAGAAAGAAUUACACUCUUAAUAAAAUGUCACUAACAAGGAUUGUAACGAGGCAAAUUAUUAAAGGUAUUUUUUCUAAAAAUAAAAUCAGAAAAUGCAAUGAAGACAUUUUACGAGAAACCGUA